GGGCGCGCGCUCGGGCGGGGUGGAUCUGGGCGGUGGCGGGCGGCGUUUGUCACCGGCGGCGGUAGCGGCAGCGGCAACAGCCACGCGAGGCAGACAUAAGUCACAGUUGCAGAGAUGGCCGAGCAAGAGCCCACCCCUGAACAGCUGGCCCAGAUUGCUGCGGAGAAUGAGGAGGAUGAACACUCGGUCAACUACAAGCCUCCUGCCCAAAAGAGCAUCCAGGAGAUCCAGGAGCUGGACAAGGAUGACGAGAGUCUGCGCAAGUACAAGGAGGCACUGCUGGGAAAUGUUGCCAUUGCUGCUGAUCCCACCACCCCAAAUGUGGUGGUAACAAAACUAACUCUGGUUUGUGCGACUGCUCCUGGCCCCUUGGAGUUGGACCUGACAGGUGACCUAGAGAGUUUCAAGAAGCAGUCAUUUGUGCUCAAGGAAGGUGUGGAGUACCGGAUAAAAAUCUCUUUUCUGGUGAACAGGGAGAUUGUUUCAGGGCUGAAAUACAUUCAACACACCUUCAGGAAAGGAGUAAAAAUUGAUAAGACUGACUACAUGGUCGGGAGCUACGGGCCACGUGCCGAGGAGUACGAGUUUCUGACCCCCAUGGAGGAGGCCCCCAAGGGUAUGCUGGCCCGAGGCAGUUACAAUAUCCGAUCCAGAUUUACAGAUGACGAUAAGACUGACCACCUUUCCUGGGAGUGGAACCUGAACAUCAAGAAAGAAUGGAAGGAUUAAGCCCCUUCCAUAGCCAAUUCCCAAGAGUUGCUCAGACAGUGGCUACAGUAGAAACCCCACCCUGUACCAAAGUGCUGGCAUUGGACACCCUUUCCUUCUUCCUUCCCAUUUUUAGCUCACCAAGAAGACCUUCUGGCUCCAUUGCCCCUCCAAUAUGCCCCUCCCCCCAAGAAUCAAUGAAAGAAAUUGACCAAACAUGCACUGUCUGUCCCAAGCACAGACACAGAAGUGCUUCCAGUCCUUACUCUGAAUGAGAGGCCUGCUAUUUGUGGUGCAUUCGCAUUAUUUCAGGCAGGUGACAAAGAGGGAGCGGCCCACCUUCCUGCCUGCCUCCAGAGAAGAGGGUUUGGAGGCAUUGCUGUCUCUGGCAAGGGGAAGAGUUGCUGAGAAAUCAUGGUUCCAUGCAGAGCUGGCAACUGCCUGCUGUCCCACUUGUUUCCAGGCCCACUUGUGUUCAUGGCCUACCCUUUCUCCUCUGAGGACAUGGGGUGGCUCUCCAUUUGUGGUGGUUUCCUGUAACCAUGAUGCCUUAAUGUGUGUAACAUACAUCCUGCAGGGUGGGAGGCCCCCAACCUUAUUAUCCGUUUUUUAUAUGCGUCCCUGCCCCAUCCACACGCACCCCUCCCUUCUCUGGAUCUGCAUCUUCUGGCCAGACAACCAUCCUGCCGAGGUUACUGCCUCCAAGGGCUCAGGCAGGAUUCAGGCUGCUAUCUUUGCAGGCCCCCCCAAGGCCAGAAAAAACACUUGCUUCCAGCUGGUGGGGGAGCCUGUGGGUGGGCAGGGAAGUUACUAGUGCCACUGUCACCUCCGUGUUAGUUCUUCGUAUCCAAACUGGCUGCAAAGCACUGAAGUCCCUGGGCAGCCUGUGGUUUUCAGGGCCAGAAGAUGAAUUGGCCUGGCUCAGCUGCUCCUCCUCACCCGAUCUGAACAAAAAGCUUGCUAUGGACAAAUAUUCAAGAGCGGAGAAUGCCUUAUGUAUCUCUUCGGCCUUUUCAAAUCAUGUGCCUGGCCUGUCAGUAUUUAUUAUUGCCUUGAUUAGAUUCUUUUCCUUCAUCAUGCCCAAACAGUCCAGCCACCCCAGCAAAGCCCUUCAGGCCUGGCUUUCAGAAGCAGGAGUGGCCUGAUUCCCUCUGCUUGCCAGGUGGGCACGUUCUAGCUCAGCAGCCCUGCUCCAUGGGCAAUUGGGAGUUCCAUCGCUGUGCUAGAACUGGGACCAAGUGUGUGUGUGUGUGUGGUUCUCCUUCGUAGCUAUGUCUACCCCAACUCCCCUUCUGCGCUCCUUCCCUUAAAGGAGAUUUUUGUUAAAUUGAUUUGAAGCAUUUUUGUCUGUACAUCUUUAGAGCUGGAGUAACAGAUUUGGAAUCAUCAGCUCCCCCUUUUCUGAUGGUAAAAUAAAAUCAUGAAACUGA